UCUGACAAACAUAGCACCCGGCACUCGAGGUGCUGCGAGAGGGAGAGCGCAAACACAGUGAGACAGAGCAGCAGAGACAGAAAGCAGAGAGAACACAGUAAAUCAAAGACAGAGAGAGACAGAGAGAGACAGAGAGAGAGCGAGGAAACAAGAGAAAUCAAAGACUAAGUGCAGCUCAGCUGAGGACUUGACGAAUGCUCAUCCAGCUGGCUUAAGGUUGUCCUCACUCACUCAGCUGUGAACGAGUGUCUGGGCAGAAUGGAUUUCGUAUUGGUCCAACAGCCACCGAGCAGGAGAAGAAGCUCUGUUGACUAUCACACCGUUUGGAUUAUUUCAGAAACCGCUGUUGUGAUGAAUGGGAAUGACAGCUUGCAGAAAGGAAGAUGAACCUUGAUUCUCUGGAGGGCUCGAUCCAGAACCUGCUGUCGGUGCUGUACCCGCCCUUUGAGGCCACCGCCCCUACUCUUCUCAGCCAGCUCUUCCAAAUCAUCGACAGUCGUUAUCAGGGGGAUGCCCUGCGGUGCCUGCUGGACUUUCUGGUCCCAGCCAAGCACAUUUUAGACACUGUGCAGCAGGCUGCAUGUGCUCAGUACUCUGAUGUUCUUUUCCUGUGUGAGGGCUGGCCUCUAUGUUUGCAUGACCAAGUUGUCGUCCACCUUGCUCCCAUCAACCCCCUGCUACUUCAGCCAGGCGACUUUUACCUGCAGGUGGCGCCAUUCUGUGACCAAUCAGCUCGCAUCGUGGUGUGCAGCCUCCUGGAAGAGGAGGGACUCAGAGUGGCGGUAGUCGAGGAGACCCCAAUCCCUGAAACUUCCUAUCCUUGUAUAUUCAGCCGUGACUGGUUACGUGAGGUUAACCAGGGCCGCCAUGGAACGCCUCUCAGCCAAUGCCUGCUCGCCACUGAGCAAGGCGUGGUGAGGUUACCAUGGGAACGGGUGGCCGUGCCUGAAUUUGUGGACGUGCCAACGUGUGCUGGGAGUAGUAUGGCCUCUGCUCCUUCUUCAUAUCCUCCUUUACCACCUCCACUUCCUCAUCCUCCACCUCUUCCUCAUGUUCCUGAGAAAUCUACAUCAAAUUGUCCAUUUCCACUUUCUCCUUUGAAGGAAUCUGCACCAAAACAGUACCCUGUAACAAUUAAAAAUUCAAUUUUAACAUCUUCUUCACAUCCCUCCGCCUUCUCUGUGGAGACCAGAAUAUGUCCAGCAAAGCACGGCAUUGCUGUGUCACUCUGCCUGGUUGAUACUAGAGCUGCUUCCUCAUCUAGGCUGGUCAAAGUAAAAGACACUGAAACAGAGACUAAGCCUAUUGGCUGGGUGUCCCCUAAUACGUGGGACAGCUGCUUUACUGGGACAGAUACAGCCACAAAAACAAGCAGUGUUUCAGGCAAAUGCACCCCUGCAAGUGGUGAUACCAAUACAUGCAAAGGUGAAGAUAAGAGUAUAAUUGUUUCUGAAAACAUAAGGCAAGAUAAACAUAAAGGUACAAAUAUUAAAGAUAUUAGCAGGAGUGUGCCAGCAGGCCACGUUGUUGCAGAAGGGGAAUAUAUUGAUAUUCUGCAGGCAACUAUGCUUUUUGGUAGAGCUCAGUCAGUUUCUGAAGAACAGCAGAAAUUAGAAAUGCAAAUGCAACCACACACAAAAACUGAACCACAAAUGCAAAGAUAUCCACACAGACAAGCACAAAUGCAGCCACAUGCACAAAUGGAGUCGUACAGGCAAACACAAAGACAGCCUAACACACAGAUACCACCUCAAGCGCAGUCACAAGCACACUUGCAGUUACCUACAAAGCCACAAAGUCAUUCUAGAUCAGAGGCUGUACCAUUAAGACCCAACAUGUCUGCAGAAACAGGACCUCUAUCCACUCUCCACCAUUCCCAGUCCCAUCAACCUCACCCUGACUCGCUUGAACCUUCUCAGUGUAUCCGCACUGUCCGGUUCUCAGAGAAACCCUGCACCCCGUGCAUGAGGAGAAGACAAGGUGGAAAGGUUUCCAAAGCUCAAGAGCUGAGGUGUCGAUACAGGGACUCCUACCAGGCUGCUAUAAAAAACCCUGUCACCUUUGGACAGGAGAAAGAGAGGGGGGAUAUGUUAGCUGUGGUGGAGGAGGAUGGUGACGUCUCGCAGUGUGAUGACAAACUACCAGAGACUGAAACAGGGGGUCCAUGGUGUAAUGUUCAAGGAAUGUGGUUUGAUCCUGGGAUGUAUCACCAGUCUCCUUCCUCUGUCAGUGGAGGCAUCUGUAAGGAGUCAGGAGAAACUAACAGUGUUUCAUAUUGGAAACCAGGAGAUACAAACAGGGGAACCAAUGUUUUAAAAUGUAGUAGCUUACUGGAGCAGACAACUGAAAGGACCACUCUGCCAUUUAGGGAACCAAGGGAUGCACACUCUACCACAAUUUAUGGCAAUUUACACAAUGUGAAUGGGACAAAUUUAGAAGCAGGAUCAAGGAUAAAUGCUAGUAAAGCUUUGUCAAGCUUAAAUGACCCUAAACAGUCAGAUGUGAACUCUGCCAAACACCACAGAUUACCGUUUAGUUCAAGUGAAAUUUCAGCAAUGAACCUCACCCUCAAACCUCGUGAAAGGCUGCAAAGCAGAACCAGUUCCAUGGGAGUGAGUCCAAACUUUUCUAAGUCUCUUUCAGCAACACAGAACAGAUGGGAAUCCCUGUCAGAUGGAAGAUGUUCAUCCCUCUCCACAGCUGUGGUGGAUACCUCAGAGAAGUGUGAGCUGGUCAUUGUUGAAGGUCAAAAUGUGAGAAGAAAAGAAAGUAAAGACUCCUGUGCAGAGAUCCCCCAGCUGCAUGUGGUCAAAUGUAAAAACAGCACAGCCUUCCGACUGGUUUCACCGAAGAUCAACAGGAGGAAGACGGUCGUUCCAGAUGGUGCUCAGUCUGGCAAUAUGUCCAUAACCAGUAGAAAUGGCCAUCAGACAGAGAACCCAUCACAGAUAGAUCCACCUCCAGCAGUAGAGACGCAGAAGAUCUCCCAGCAUGCCUCUGCUCGUCCCAGACCUGACCACCUUCCCCUGGGAUCUCCGGACCCCAGAGCCCACCCCCUCUAUUUAGGAGUAGCCUCCCUCACAGGGGGCAGAGACCGAACAGGCAGGGCAAUAGUUGAACUCUAUGGAGACCACCAGGGAUGGAGUUCAGCUGUAACAAGCCAGGAGCUCUUCAAGAUGUUGCUCUACUUCCACUCUAUCACCAGGAGAGAAAUCAGAGAAGCUGGGAUUACGCUCAUUUUUGAUUCAAGGAAGACAAAUCCUCAACCACAGCUCUAUAAAGCCUUGAUGACAUUUCAGGAGCAGAUUCCCCAUGCAGUAAACAGUUUCGUGCUGCUGGUGGACAAGGAGAGCAGCCUUCGGCCAGAGAGGUGUCCUGGCACCCAGCAGACUGAAGUGGUGACGUCAAUGAAAGCCUUGUUAAAGCUGGUGGAGGUGAGUCAGCUGAGCUCCAGCCUGGAUGGCACACUGACUCACAGCCACUGUGACUGGAUGGAGCUGCACCAGAAACUCUUCCCUUUUGUGUCUGACCUUCAUGAGGCAUCCAGCCACCUACUGAGAGCAAUCAGUAGGUUGGAGGAGCCCCAGAGGACGGACACUGUACAGACUGUGCAGCAAUGCAUGAUGGACCAGAGGACUCUGAUGAGGGAUGUACUGGAGGACAGCCGAUUGGUCAGUCUGCAGAGGGAGGGCGGGGCCAUCUUGGCGAGGCUGCGGAAGGAGAGUGACCUCAAAUAUCCCCACUGCGAGGACCUCAGUGAUGCUGUGGACUCUGUGACCAGCCUGUACAACCACGUGGAGGAGCAGGCUCACGUGCUUGUGCAAAGGUCCAACAUGUCACUGGAACACCUGGAGUAUCUGCUGCAACUCAGAGAGAUGGAGGGACACUUCAUGCAGAUGCACCAGUGGUUUAAUGUAGAGGGAGAGCGCCACCUGCUGCAGGCUGAAUCCGUCGAGGACUCUGGAGACAGAAUGGAGCAGAUCCUCAACAGCUUCACUGGUUUCCUUAUUGAAGCUAAUGACCGAAGGCACCAUGCCAUGACGUUAGUGUCAGAGGCAGAGCGACUGCAGCCGAGUGGACUCUCCUACCCAGAGACUGAGGCAUUCAGGACUCUAGUCUGCACCUUCAAGUCAGGCCUAGAGGACUUCCUGUGCAGGGCAGAGGCGUGUGGCAGAGAGCUGCAGAUCAUGGUCAACGUGUGUGAUUUCUGUGAGCAGGUUGGCGCUACUGCACUUGCCAGCGAAUGCAUUGAGUACCUGAACCAGAGUCAAUCCAGAAUCCACACAAUGCAAGACCCUGACCAGACUACAACAUCUGCCAGUCAAACAAACACUCAGCUAAUACAACACCAGAACCAGGAGUCUGACAACCACACAACACAGGGCUCAGGCCCAAACACCACCGGUGUUUUACUGUCAGACGACUCCAUCCUCCAUACUUUCCAAGACAGGUUCCUCCAGUUCAGCACAGAGAGAUUUCAGGAGGUGAAGGCCCAGGCCAGCGCCCUGCGAGGCUCCAGGGGGAUGCGGGUCUGGAACAUAGCCUGGCUGAGAUGCCAAGAGGCCAGACAGCAGCUUCAGGAGAAGAUGCAGGAUGUAGAGGAUGAGGUUUUCCACCAACAGCCAGAUUCUAGCAGCUGGUGUGAACGUCAUUAUGUCGAUGUGGUGAGCACUAAUGUUCAGACACCGUCCUCUGGUGGCCGGAGUCUGGUGGUACAAUCAACGCCGGGGCCUCGGCACCCGGAGUGGGAGGGCAUCAUUUCAGGAGAGGUGGAUUUAGGGAAGAGGAGGCCAAUCCUGGGAACUAAUUCAACAACUGCAGCCAUCACAGUCAAACCUGAGGAUCACAGUGAUGCUGGAACCAGCCAGGGGUCAAAGGUCACUCCACAGUCACCUCACAGGUCAGCAAAGAGAACAGAAAGGGAGACGAAGAGGAGACAGGCGAGCAGAGCAAGGAGUGAGAGAGAUGCUGCAGCUCUUUCUCAGUCCCACACAGUCGGCUGCCAGUGGUUUCCAUGGGGACGAGGUCUUGGAGUGAGGUCGGUGAGCCAGGACUCGUGCACCACGGGAGUAGCAACGGCAGGGUCAUCCACUCCUCCAGAGCAGCGCGUUCGACCCCCGUCAUCCUGCUCCCACCACGGGCAGCCUUCUUGUCGAAUCCUCCAGGAGGCUCAGAAGUUCCAGAUCUCCCGCCACGGGAGCUUCUGCUCUGAAGACUCCUGUAUGAGCGACCGGGGGGCUGCAGGGGGCAACGGGACAUUAUGCUGCAAACACUCCAGCCUGCCCAGCGGCAGAUAUGAGGGGGGGUUUUGUUUGGCAAGUCCACAGGAGAGUGCCAGCAACGCCCUGAGGCUGCAGCGUGUCCUGGAGGAGCUGGUGUUCACAGAGAGAGAGUAUGUCCGCUCACUGGGCUACAUCCUGACCCACUACCUCCCCCUGCUGGACAGACCAGACAUCCCCCAGGACCUGAGGGGCAAGAGAGGCGUCAUCUUCGGCAACCUGGAGAAGCUUUACGACUUCCACAGCCACUACUUCCUGCCAGAGCUGGAGGCCUGCCAGAGGGAGCCCGCCAUGGUGGCCCGCUGCUUCCUCAGACACAGUGAGAGUUUUGGCCUGUACGCUCUGUACAGCAAGAACAAGCCUCAGUCAGACGCGCUGAUCCUACACCGUCGCCAUGACAUCUUCAAGAGGAAGCAGCAGGAGCUGGGGGACAUGAUGGACCUUUCAUCCUACCUGCUGAGGCCCAUCCAGAGGAUCAGCAAGUAUAGCCUCCUGCUGCAGGACAUGCUUGCUCUGGCUGGUUCAUACAGGCCAAAAGACAUGAUCCAGGAUACACUGCUCGCAUCCAGUGUGUGCGCACAAAGUGUGUGUGGCCCUGGUGCGUAUGUACCUGAUCUGACGAGCGGUGAGAAGGAGCGGGAGAGGGCUGAGAUCCAAUCUGCUGCAGACCUGGUUCGGUUUCAGAUGCGCCAUGGCAACGAUCUGCUCACCAUGGACGCCAUCCAGGAGUGUGAUGUGAAUUUAAAAGAACAGGGCCAGCUGAUUCGCCAGGACGAGUUCACAGUUUUCUUUAGGAAGAAAAAAUGUGUUCGCCGCAUCUUUCUCUUUGAAGAGCUCAUCCUCUUCAGCAAGACGAAGAGGACAGAUAUCGGCAACGAUGUUUAUGUCUACAAGCAGUCAUUCAAGACGAGUGACAUCGGGAUGACCCACAACUCGAGUGUGAGCGGUUUGUGCUUUGAGAUCUGGUUCCGCAGGAGAAAAAGUGAGGACACCUACACCCUGAAGGCCUCCAGCGUGGAGGUGAAGAAAGCCUGGACCACCGACCUGGAGAAGAUUCUGUGGGAUCAGGCCGCUCACAGUAGAGAGCUGCGUAUGCAGGAGAGGGUGUUCAUGGGUAUGGGCCGCAAACCUUUCAUGGACAUUCAACCCAGUGACGCUGCGAUCUGUGACCGGGCCAUCAGCUGUGUCCUGCCUGGGAGAAUCCCUGUGGCGUGUUGUUCACACAGGGGCUUAGAAUAUCCACGACCACACUCCAUUGGCUCUGGCAGCACCGCCUCCACCACCCUCAGCCAAUCUUCUUCCUCUUCUGGCCGCGGCUCGCUGCCCCCUGCUGGUUAUUCUGGGAACCAGUCACAAGGGGUGGAGACCGGUCCAGCCGUCUGCUCCUCCCCUGAGGCUGUGACUGAAAACGACCUCAACCAUCAGCAUCUUCAUCAGCAUCAUCUUCAUCGUAACUGUGAACAGUGGAAAGCUCAUCAUCCUCUGAUGGGCAGCACUGAAUCAUCCACAGAAUGCAUCAACCUCUUCAGCAGCUCAGACCACAGCUGCCUGUCUGCCAUUGGUGCAGAGGUAGUGGACGACUCCUCCUCAAUUGUAUCCCAGAGUUCAAAGUCUCGACCACCACUCUGUUGGACCCCGAGCCUAAGGAGAAACAACUCUCCAGUUGUUACCAUAAAGAAGCCAGGUGUCACCCCCAAACCUCCACAUCUGGCUAAUGUUCAGAGUGAUGACAUUAUAAUUGGAAAAUCCACAGAAGUUUAAUCCUGGGAUCCUGCAGAAGAUCUUCACUCCUCUGAAGCUGUUCUGGUCACCCUGCAGACAAACGGUUAAUUGAGUGGCUACACAGUCACAAGGCAGUCAGCUCUGUCUGGUUACAAGGUUUUGUUUUAAAUGAUUUAUUGAACAAACUGAAGUUUGGCGUGUUGGUAUCAAAUGUCAGUCAUUCAAAUGUGGUUGUCUUAUAUCACAUACAGACUGAUAAAACCCAUACAAGAAGAGGAAGAGACUGCUACGUGUGUGAUACAUGGGUCAUAUUUCAAUGACAUGCAAUAUUAACCCACAAACACAAAUAUGUGUCUUGGGCCUUUGCUCCAGCAGAAUCAUCUUCAUCCCCAACCAUGUUUUUAUUUUCAUAUAGAACUAAGCAUCAGCUGCUACAGAUACAAUGUAUUAAAAUGUUAUGAAGAAAACCUUUUUUUUUUUUUCCACUAUACAUAAAGUCACCAACAAUUCAAGAUUCAACAGUUCAUCCUCAUAAAACAAAUCAUAAUUGUUUGUCUAAUUGUGCGAGGUAAAUAAACCAUGUGUUUUUAUAUGGUUAACUGUCUCUUAACUGAAGUAAAACAUGCUCUUUGCUUACACAUUUAAUAAAGAGCAGGUAUUUGUGCCAUCUACAAAAACACAAUGAGAUGUGGUCAAGGGAAACAUUUCAGAUAUAUUUUGUGGGAUCUUCUGUGCUGUACAGUCUGUACAAUUAUUGAUAUGCAGGGAUCAACGAAGAGAAGGUUGUAUUUAUUAUUGUCACUGAAAUCAGCAGAUUGUGUGGGACAAACACACAAGGACGAGCAUCUGUAUUUGAGAGUAAAUCACUUCAGUCCAGUGGCAAAAGUAAAGUGUAUGCUCUGUGUUUCAUUUGCAAGGUGGCAAAUCUUUGCUUGGGAAGAAAUUGUGUAUAAUUUAUCUCUUGACAGCUGAACUACAUUGUUUUGGUUACAUAAUCAGAAGGGAAACUUAAUGUAGUCCAAGAUGCAGUUCAGAGCUCCAGAGCUAACCACUGGCCAUAAGCCCAGAACUAGCUGAAGACACAAAGUUAAAGCUGACCAUAAAUGGAGAAACAUGUGGUUAUUUGUCCAUAUAUGUAAAAGUAAGAUCUUUUGACGGUGUAGUGAUUAAUAUAUAGUAAUUAACAUACAAAGAUAUAUCUGUCUGGCUCUGACUCUUACAGUAGUCCUGUAUUUAUUAAUUUAUCAGAAGGGACAGGCCACUUACAUGGUUUCUCAUCUAGAUUUGAAUUACUAUGUAACUCAUGGAUUUAAUACACAAGAUCUGUAAUCGCUGGGUUAACCAUAUUAACCACACAAACUGCACACUAACAGACACAGUAUAUUCAAUUUUUCAGGCAAAAACCACUUACUGAUAUUUAGGGUCCACUAAUGGUUCCAUACUGAUACUGAUUAAUGUUCCAGCUUUACUCUCAUGAAAAUGACCAUUACAGAAAAGUAUUUUUCAGAUUAUUUAAAUGUGUUUUUGUUUUUAACAAGUUAAUGUUGAAAAACUGUCAUUAUUUUGUAAGCUCUGUGAUUUUAUUGUCUGUGGGAAAUGUACAGUGUACAAAUCAUGACAGGAUCUUGAAAAACUGAGGUUAUAAUGGUUGACCUCUGAUUGUUUUAUUUUGAAGCCACUGACCGGUUUCUGCUUUCUUUCACUUUUUUUAUUGCUUACUUGAUUUCCUCUGAUUUUUUUCUUUUGUCAAUGUGUUGAUUUAGUCUAUUUUUUGCUUAAUUUUCAUUUAGUUUCUUCCGUCUGAACUCUGCUCCCUUUAGGUGGGGACCAGAGGGAUUGCAGUAACAGUGUGCUUUUUCUUCCUUAUUCCAUAGACACAAAUAUUCCACAGACAGGAACUUAUUGCAAAAGCUUUUAUUGCCCUGUGUGCAGAUAACAAACACUGCUGUGUAAAUCUGUUUCAGUUCUGCACAGUCAAGUUGCAGCUUCAUGACCUAUUUACAACUUCAAGUUAAAAAGUCAAAGUGAAAGUCUUGACAUACUGACCUUACAACAAUUGUGUGACUUAUAUUUCUUGCUUAAAACGUGCUUACAAUUUUUCACUGUAUGUGUAAUUUUCUGUUUUGCCUUAUGAAGUGUAAUUUAAAAAUGUUCGAUUCUUUCUAAAUUAUAACAUUUUGUUGAAUCAUUCGUUAAUAUACAGAAUGUUGCAGCUAAAUAAUAAAAUAAUUUAUGAACAAA